AUGAACAUAGAUGAUGCGGUUGUUUGUUCGGUUUGUGACACAGAGCAACCCGUUGCUCAAGUUUGCACUAACUGUGGUAUUAGAAUGGGGGAAUAUUUCUGUGACAUCUGCAGAUUCUUUGAUGAUGAUGUAAUGAUUUACAACGGGAAACAACAGUUUCAUUGUGAUGAUUGUGGGAUCUGCAGAGUUGGCGGGAGUGAGAAUUAUUUCCAUUGCAAGAAGUGCGGGUCUUGCUAUUCAAUUGCUCUGCGUGAUAAUCAUUUAUGCGUGGAGAACUCAAUGAGGCAUCAUUGUCCAAUUUGUUAUGAGUACCUUUUUGACUCAUUGAAAGACACUCAUGUUAUGAAAUGCGGUCACACAAUGCAUGGUGAAUGCUUUCAAGAAAUGCUAAAGCGCGACAAAUUCUGUUGUCCCAUAUGUUCCAAGUCCGUGAUGGAUAUGUCUUUGACAUGGAAGAGAAUUGAUGAAGAGAUUGAAGCAACCACCAUGCCUGAAGAUUAUCGGGUAUUACUUCCAACCGAUGUAAAAAACUAG